CCGCCCCUUUUGCGUGGGCGGGCGCCCCCUCCCGCCCCAGGCGACUUAGAGACGCGCUCCUCCGCUGGUGUUAAAAACUCCCACGCUUUGCGCCGCGACUGCGGAGUCGCACUUUCCCACCUCUCGCCGGCACGAAUCUUCCCAGGUGGGAAAAGAUCUCACUUUUUCUCGAGGGAUCGGGAAGGCUGCGCCUGCCACGGGUGGCGUGGGGCGUAUAAUAAAAAACGCAGGUUACUGGUAACGCAAAGGGAGGCUUUGGAGACGCGCGUCGCCGGCGGAGGAGGAUGGAGUGUGUCAUCCGAGAAGCCACCGUCGAGGAUUGCGAGAAUCUCAUGAGCCUGAUACACGUGAGUGCGGUCUUGAGUUCGAAUCCCGCUGACAGGUUUCUCGCCACUGUGAGAACAGGCUGCUGGGUGUCAGGUUUAUGCAUAAGCUAAGCAAGCUAUAGCUCAAGGCUCCACACUCUUACCCCCCACCAUUAAAAAAAUAUUUAUUAAAAGUUUUCAAUCAAACCAAAUUACCGUAUUUUUCGCUCUAUAACACGCACCAGACCAUAACACGCACGUAGUUUUUAGAGGAAGAAAACAAGGAAAAAAAUAUUCUAAACGAAAUAGUGGAUAUAUGAUUUUUGUGGUUCAUGCUGUGGCCACAGACAUGUGAUCUGACAGUGAGUUUGGAGUAGCCCAAUGCAAAAAUCCUGAGGAUCCAUGUGGAUCCAUGCUUUGUAACCACGGAGGAGGGAAGGAAGGGGAACCAUGGAUCCUCUGCUCACGCCUGCAGCAGAUCCCCCCCCGCCACCCGCAGGCAUUCGCUCCAUAACACGCACAGACAUUUCCCCUUACUUUCUAGGAGGAAAAAAGUGAGUGUUAUGGUGCAAAAAAUACGGUAUAUAUUCCAAAUUAUACAAAUUAUGGGGGCCCCAAAAUUUUAAAAAGGAAACAACAACUGGAUGUACAUUUCCAAAAUAUAAGAUAAAAAACUAAUAAAAUAAAACCUGCGUACAGCAACAGUGUUUUGUGUUGUGUAGGCUCCUAUCUGUUAUGUGCAAAUGGCUUUAAAGGUAAAGGGACCCCUGACCGUUAGGUCCAGUCGUGACCGACUCUGGGGUUGUGGCGCUCAUCUCGCUUUAUUGGCCGAGGGAGCCGGCGUACAGUCAUGUACGGUCAUGUGGCCAGCAUGACUGAGCCACUUCUGGCGAACCAGAGCAGCGCACAGAAACGCUGUUUUCCUUCCCGCCGGAGCGGUACCUGUUUAUCUACUUGCACUUUGACAUGCUUUUGAACUGCUAGUUUGGCAGGAGCAGGGACCGAGCAACGGGAGCUCACCCUGUCACGGGGAUUCGAACUGCCGACCUUCUGAUCGGCAAGUCCUAGGCUCUGUGGUUUAACCCACAGUGCCACCCGCGUCCCUUGCAAAUGGCUUUAGAUACAUAUUAAAAAGGUAAAGGUAAAGGACCCCUGACAGUUAAGUCCAGUCGCAGACGACUCUGGGGUUGCGGCGCUCAUCUCGCUUUACUGGCCGAGGGAGCCGGCGUACAGCUUCCGGGUCAUGUGGCCAGCAGGACAAAGCUGCUUCUGGCGAAACCAGAGCAGUGCACAGAAACGCCGUUUACCUUCCCGCCGGAGUGGUACCUAUUUAUCUACUUGCACUUUGACGUGCUUUCAAACUGCUAUACCUUUUAGGUCCAUAAAUGACCAUAUAGCAUAUAUUCAACACAAAUAAACCCAGUGACAAAUUGUUGUUGACAAAGGACAGCUGGACAUAGAAAGGGCCCCAUUACCUUCAGGAGCUUAGGGCCUCAUCAAACCUAAAUCCGGCCCUGGUGCUGGGCUCAAGUCGGUAGAGCACAAGACGCUUCAUCUUAGGGUCACGGGUUCGAGUUCCGCAUCAGGCUAAAGAUGCCUGCAUUGCGGGGGCCGGGGUUCAGCUAGAUGUCCCUUGGGGUCCCGUCCAACUCUACCGUUCUGUGAUUCUACACCACUCAUAGUAGAUCACUACUCUGAAGAAGUCUGGCACACGGAGAACCCUGGGCAAGGCCUGGCGCAGCGCCAGGGAGCUUUUGAACGUUGACCUUAAUGCCUGCUUUCUGUUCUUCAUUCUGCCCAGGAAAUUGCUGACUUUCACCACUUACUGGAGGAUGUGACGAUCAAUUCUCAAGGUAAGGCUGGGAGUGCUGCGUUAGGCAUGUUGGGCGUGAAUCCAUAAGCUCUCUCCACACCAAAAAAGAGUUCCAAGAAGUUUUGCUGCAGACUGCCUCUAAAGUUGUUACCCCAAAAUGUUGCAAAUACAAAUCAGCCCAUCGCUCUUAAGCAAGUUGGCGAUGCAGUCCGGAGUUUUCUUUUAAGUUCUUACUUGUUAAUAUAGUUAAUAUAGCGUACUGGGACUUUUCUGUUUCAUAUUUAUUUAUUUGAUCAGUUUUGUACACCGCUUUAUGGUAAAACAAAAAAACAAAACACCCUCAAAACUGCUUCCCCAAAAAAGAUGAAGCAAUAAAAUCAUCAAUCAGAAGGCUCAUCGUGAGUUCUUGAAACCCUCUAACCACUGCACCACACUGCCACCAUUCGUUGACUCUGCCUCUUUCGUUGGUUGCGGCUCCACCCGAACCGACGGCAAAACGGGAGAGUCCAACUAAACUUUAGCAAGAAUUUUAUGGUGGUGAAAGCGGUUUGAAACUGGAACGGACUCCCUUGGAAGAUGGUGGACUCUCUUUCAGAGGUUUUUAAACAGGUUUGAUAGCCAUCUGUUGGGGAUUCUUGAAUCGAGAUUCCUGCAUUGCAGGGGGUUGGACUAGAUGACCCCCAGGUCCCUUCCAACUCUGCAAUUCCAUUUGGCCAGGUCGAGAGUGGACUCAACCUAAAACACUUUUUCCUUCCUUCUUUUCCUUCCCGGCACGCAGUUUUAAAAGCGGACGGCUUUGGCAAGGACCCCUUCUUCAAAUGCCUCCUGGCUGAACAGCCUGUGGAAAACGGGUGCAAGCCAGGUAAGGGCCACGCCCACCCUAAGCUCAGCUCCUUGGUGUAAAUUACUCCAAGGUGUAAAGUGCUAGUAAGUUGAAGGAGCAGAGCAAGAGGAAUAAUUUCUCUCUCUCCUGCCGCCGUUUACUCCAUUGCAUGAAAACCUAUCCUUUGCUAUUUCCCCCAAUGCACCCCCACCCUAAGCUCAGCUCCUUGGUGUAAAUUACUCCAAGGUGUAAAGUGCUAGUAAGUUGAAAGGACAGAGCAAGAGGAAUAGUAUUUUCUCCUACCACCGUUUACUCCAUUGCACGAAGACCUAUCCUUUGCUAUUUUCCCCACUGCAGCUCGUCCGAUUGGCCAUGCCCUGUACUUCUUUGGGUACAACGUCAACCACGGGAGAAUGGUGUACCUGGAAAACCUAUACGUGGUGGCAGAAUUCAGAGGUACGUGAGGGCAUCAUCCAGGAGCGUCCGGCCAAGUUACAGCAGGGGCUGUGACGCACCUGGGGGAGCCUGUCGACCAAUCAAGAGUCUCCUCUCUCCUUCUUCGGAGAAGAUGCUACAACUCAGCUUUUCUGGUGGGUAUAUAGAAUGGUAGAGCUGGAAAGGGACAUCUGUGGGUCAUCUAGCCCAACCCUCAGCAAUGCCAGAAUCGCAGAUGAUGAUGAUGAUGAUGAUUAUCAUCAUCAUCAUUUAUCAUUUAUACCCUGCCCAUCUGGCUGGGUCUGGGUGGCUUCCAACAAAAUAUUAAAAUACAAUACAGUGGUACCUUGGUUUAAGAACAGCUUAGUUUAUGAACAGGGACGCGGGUGGUGCUGUGGGUUAAGCCACAGAGCCUAGGACUUGCCGAUCAGAAGGUCCCAGAACUUCCCUAAACAGGGCUACCUUCAGAUGUCUUCUAAAAGUCAGGUAGUUGUUUAUUUCCUUGACAUCUGGUGGGAGGGAGUUCCAUAGGGCGGGUGCCACCACUGAGAAGGCCCUCUGCCUGGUUCCCUGCAACCUCACUUCUCACAGGGAGGGAACCGCCAAAAGGCCCUCGGAGCUGGACCUCACUGAAUGAUGGGGGUGGAGACGCUCCUUCAGGUUUGAGGCCAUUUAGGGCUUUCAAGGUCAGCACCAACACUUUGAACUGUGCUCAGAAACGUAUUGGGAGCCAAUGUAGGUCUUUCAGGACCGGUGUUAUGUGGUAUCAGCGGCCGCUCCCAGUCACCAGUCUGGCUGCCACAAUCUUUGGUUGUUGUGCCAAAACUCCAGACUGAAAUUCUGAACCAAAUUCUGAAAUCUGGUAUGUCCUGUUAAACUCAGCAGGGUUUACGUCUGAGUGCAGGAUUGCUGCAUCAAUAAUAAUAAAAAUAAUAAUAUUUUAUUGAUAUCCUGCCCUCCCCAGCCGAAGCCAGGCUCAGAGCGGCUAACAACAAUAAAAGUAAGACAGUAUUCUAAAAUCAAUUCAUUCUAAAAAUCAAUCCAAAAUCAAAUUAAUGGCACCCAUUAAUUAUUCUCCUAGUUAGCUACAGAGUGGCACACCACAGGUCAGCCUAGAUGACCCCUCAGGUCCCUUCCAACUUUCCAGUUCUGUGAUUCUUAAAAAAACUAGGCUGUAUGUGUUUAGGCAGAAAGAUUAUCAAUAGCUACUCUAGGUCACCGGACUAUGGACCUAGGGGAAAGUAUGUGGAGUUAGAACAAAAUCACUUACAACGGUGUUGGCAAUUAGACAAGAAUCUAUAAUGUAGGUAAAGGAUUUCGAAAGAGGUUGUGGCUGAACCGAAGGAGAAGGAGCCCUUUCAAAAGUGAAGUUGCUCCUGUUUUUAAAAGAAGUUACACCUCAGAGUAAGACUGGUGUAACUGUGCGACGCCCUCCUAUUUAACUGCCUUUUAUAUAAGUGAAAACAUGCAUUAUUACAACUCAGCACAAGGAAGAACCACACGGCUUGCGAAAAUUGUCCCCAUCCUCUUUCCUCCUUUUGUAAAUAAAGAGUAACUUUGCUGGUGUUAAAAUGGUUCGAUUCUCGCUUAUCUCUUAUAGUGUGGUUUUAAAAGCAACUUUGGACUCUGACGGCCGGACUCCUCCUCCCAUUUACAUCCCAGUGAGAGAGUUGGGAAUUGUAGAGUCAGAACCCGCUGCAAUGAGGAUCUGGCAAAUGCCUGAAGAAUCACACUAGUUAUAGUUCAAAAAUUGGAUUCUUCUGGUCCCCCCCCCCUUGCUAUGGUCUAUGUAUAAUGUUUUACAGUCCAGUGUUUAUUAAUCUGUGUGCUUUUUACGGAACCCCCUAGUUUUUUGGGUGGAGUUCUUAUUCGGAAGCUAGCGCCCUCCAGCUGUUUUGAGCUACAACUCCCAUCGGCGCCGCGGCUGGUGGGAGUUGUAGUUCCAAAUGGCCGGCGGGCGCCAAGUUGGGGAAGGCUGUUUUUGUUGCGGUUCAUACCGACUCCUCUUUCUGUCCACCUUCUCCGCCAGGCAAAGGAAUCGGGAAGCAGCUAUUGAGCAAAGUAGCAGAGGUGAGUUGGAAGCCUGAAAUCCUGGUCAUAUUUUGAUCAUUACCUGGGAUCUAUAGUUUGCAGCCGCCUCCUGCUCCCCGAAAAGGCGUUCCAAUUUCUGGGGGCCCCCACCUCCAGCCCAGAAUACAGCCCCUACAUCAGAAAGAGUAAUAGGGUUGCCAUCCUUAUGGAAUCAUAGAGUUGGAAGGGACCACCAAAGAUCAUCUAUCCCAACCCCUGCACUUCCUGCAGCCCAAAACAUCUGGAGGGCCCCAGAUUGGGAAAACAAAGUUUCCAAACAGUGCUCAGCAUCCUUAGUGGACUACAAUUCCCAGGAUCCUUUUGGGCAGGGGGAGGGAAUUAUUAUUUAUUUAUUUAUUUAUUUAUUUAUUUAUUUAUUUAUACCCCGCCCAUCUGGCCAGGUUUUCCCAGCCACUCUGGGCAGCUCCCAACAGAAUAUUAAACACAUGAUAAAACAUCAAACUUCCCUAAACAGGGCUGCCUUCAGAUGUCUUCUAAAAGUCAAAAAGCUGUUUAUUUCCUUGACAUCUGGUGGGAGGGCGUUCCACAGGGCGGGUGCCACCACCAAGAAGGCCCUCUGCCUGGUUCCCUGUAACUUGGCUUCUCGCAGUGAAGGAACCGCCAGAAGGCCCUCGGAGCUGGACCUCAGUGUCCGGGCAGAACGAUGGAGGUGGAGACGCUCCUUCAGAUAUACUGGGCCUUUGAGGCCGUUUAGGGCUUUCAAGGUCAGCACCAACACUUUGAAUUGUGCUCAGAAACGUACUGGGAGCCAAUGUUGGUCUUUCAAGACCGGUGUUAUGUGGUCUCGGUGGCCGCUCCCAGUCACCAGUCCAGCUGCCGCAUUCUGGAUUAGUUGUAGUUUCCGGGUCACCUUCAAAGGUAGCCUCAAGUAGAGCGCAUGGCAGUAGUCCAAGCGGGAAAUAACCAGAGCAUGUGCCACUCUGGCGAGGCAGUCCACAGGCAGAGAGAGUCUCAUCCUGCGUACUAGAUGGAGCUGAUAGACAGCUGCCCUGGACACAGAAUUGACCUGCGCCUCCAUGGACAGCGGUGAGUCCAGAAUUACUCCCAGGCUGCAAACCUGGUCCUUCAGGGGCACAGUUGCCCCAUUCAGGACCAGGGAGUCCUCCACACGUGCCCACCUCCUGUCCCCCCAAAACAGUACUUCUGUCUUGUCAGGAUUCAACUUCAAUCCAUUAGCCGCCAUCCAUCCUCCAACCGCCUCCAGGCACUCACACAGGACCUUCACUGCCUUCACUGGUUCUGAUUUGAAAGAGAGGUAGAGCUGGGUAUCAUCUGCAUACUGAUGAACACACUCAUCCAAGUGGCGUGGGGAGUGUUUUCAAGGCAAGGUCCUAGAAUUGCCGAGUUGGAAGGGACCCCAAGGGUCAUCUAGUCCAACCCGCUUGAGUGCUCCCAGGGCCAGAUUUAGGUUUGAUGAGGCCCUAAGCUACUGAAGGUAAUGGGGCCCUUUAAAUGUCCAAAUUGUCGCUGUUUUUUGUGUGCUGAAUAUAUGCUAUAUGGCAAUUUAUGGAUCUAAUAAGUAUCUAAAGCCAUUUGCACAUAAAAUAUGUAUUUUAUCAAAGCAAUUUUUAAAAAUGUAUUUUUAUUAAAGAUUUUCUUGGUUUACAAAGUAUGUGCAAUGUCCCUCUUUUCUUUUCAAGUAACAUUUUUUACGGAUCGGUUUCAUUUGUUGAGACAUUAAUCAAAGUGAUUGUUGAACUGAAAUACAAUUAAGUAGAAGAAUAUUAAUAGUGAAAUGCAAUUAAGAAGAAGUAUAUUAAUAGUGAAAUAAUUACUAAGCUCUAACUUAAAAGGAUGUUUUAUUCAUAACUAACCUCAUAACACAAACACAUUGGCAUUUGGCAAUAACAAAAGCUCCUCCAGAAACACAGUUUACAAAAACUUACAAUCUAGUCUCUAGAAACUUGCUAUAACAUGAAAUAAUAAGAGGUGUGGAUAUAUGAUGCAAACUACUAAUAAUUAGAAAUAGCAGAAUGUAGGCACCCUGAGAAACAGUGUCUAUCCAAAUGCGAUUUUGGUUUUAAACGCAGUGUAAGGUAGUCUCUGUGGGAGUAUACUGUAUUUAAUUAUGGGGUAUCAGAGUUUUUAGGGAGUUAACCAGGCUGGGAUAGCAGGCUUGUUGGUUUUUGAAUGUCUGAUGUAGAUUUUUUCAAUUUCAUUGUUCUGUAUGGGACAAUGACAAAAAAGAUUAUCGUAUUGUAUAUCUAGAAAGGAGCAAACCAGUGAUAUUUUAGGGAGCAGGCUAGCAGGCGGGGCCCAUGACUUACAUCUAGGAACCUACACAACACAAAACACUGCUGCUGUAGGUAGGUUUUAUUUAAUUUGAUUUUUUAUCUUAUAUUUUGGAAAUGUACAUCCAGGUGUUUUUUCCCCCUUUAAAUUUUUUGGGGGCCCCCAAGAGAGUGGGGCCCUAAGCUAUACCUCGGGUUACAGACACUUCAGGUUGCGUUUUUUCAGGUUACAGACCGCCGAAACCUGGAAGUUCCACAAUGGGUUACUUCCGGGUUUCGGCGGUCGAAGUGCUAAAUCGCUCUUUGCACAUGCACAGAUGCGCCGCUGCAGGUUGCGAAUGUGCAUCCCGCACGGAUCACGUUCGCAACCUGAGCGUCCACUGUAGCUUGUUUAGCUUAUACGUAAAUCCAGCGAAUCUUUGUUCUAUGUCCAUUCUCUGUCGUCCUCCUCGGAUGUAGAUUGCCCUGGAGGCCGGCUGCGUGGAGAUGAAAUUUGUCACCAUGGAAUGGAACCGGCCGGCCAAGGAGUUUUAUAUCCGCCUGGGGGCUCACGACACCACCGACUCCGAAGAUCUGCACUGCAUGGUUUUGGAUCAGGACGCCUUGCAAAGGUUGCGGCAACAUGGGAAAGAGAAGAUCUCUCGCUGAACUCCCUGUUAAAUGGGAAGGCCAAAGAGCGCCCCCUGCUGUUAUACAUAACAGAGUUUAUACUGUACAUAAAGAGUUUAUUUCACUCGCCUAACCUGGCUGGCAAAAGGGAGAGGAAGGAAAAAAUUCGCAGGAGACUAUACCUUACGCAGAUUUCUUCCUGUGAAACAUUAGAGGAUUCCAUAGCGAAAUAUAGACUAUACCUUUAAAUAAAAGCCUGUAGGAGUUUUGUAAGCCUA